AGAGCACUCAACAACAUUGGUUGUUCCCUAAAUAAUAAAUCCAUAAAAUAUUAUUCCCCAAGUUUUCAAUCUAAAUCUUCAAGUUUGCCCCUAAGUUUGGACCGGGAAGAAUUCGACUCGUGAAGAAGUGGUUACCAAACGGGCCGCAUUUUCCCCUUUAACUGAAAUCAAAUUUCUUCUAACAAUGCUUCAGUUGUACACAUAGCAAUACACUGUGUUCUGAUCUAAACACUAAUCCAACGGCCAUGGCUCACUGGAUCUCUUCCAAGCUCAAAGUCGCCGAAAACCUCCUUCAUCAGAUAGAUCAACAAGCAGCUGAUUCACUUCGUAAGAGUGAGAAGCAGCUAUCUGAUGAUAUAGAUCGCGAAAACAUAGCCAAAACGAAUGAAAACAAGCCACUUAAGGACCAGUUCAAGAAGAAAAGCCUCGAAACAAAUGAUUUAAUCCAGAAAUCCAAAUAUGAUCGUAAUUCAUCUUCUAUUAGCCUGGAUAAGAGCAAUAGCUUUGGCAGGAAUAAUAGUUAUAAGGUACAUAAGGAAACUGUGAUGCCAAUAGAUUCGGUACAUAAGGGAGCUGUGACGCCAAUAGAUUCGGUACAUAAGGGAGCUGUGACGCCAAUAGAUUCGGUACAUAAGGGAGCUGCGACGCCAAUAGAUUCGAGCCCCAAGUCCACUACCAAUGCGCUUACUGAUAAUGAUUGGACUGAAUUGCUAAGUGCACCGAGUUCCACUGCUGGGGCGACUACUGGUAGUAAUGGAGUGGGAAGUACCCGUAGUGGUCGGAAUGAUGGUAGAAAGCAAAAGAGUUUGGGCUCCGGGUCAAAUUUGCCAGCUGUAGGAGGGAAACAGAGCCAGAAACCUCAAAAGGUUGUUAAGAGUGUUAAAGGAUCAAAUAUUCAUUCAGAGAAUGAGGUAAACAGUAGAAGGUUAGACAGAAAAGCUAGAACUUCAAAUGUUGAACUCAAAAGUGAUGGGGAAGGUUUGGGAAAAGGGGACCGUCAUCGGAAACACGAGGAUGUGAAGUCCUUCCGUGGAAAUAAGGAUGAACAAAUUGAAGUAAAGAAUGAAGGUUUGGAGGUUCUUAAGGACGUAGAGAAGUCUCUAGUGAAUAGUCGUUCUGAAGAUAAGAGCCUUGGCAUUGUACCUGGGUCUUCCACUCUUGAUAAGGAGUUGGACAUAAAGAAUCAGCUGGAUGAUAAUCAGAGGAUUAGGCCUGUGAAGGCUACGGUUGACAGACCAAAAAUGGACUCUCCAAGUUUGACUUCUCUGAAGAUGAGCUCUUCUUCACCUAGUAAUGCAGAGUCUGAUUCUGAGACAGAUUCAACAUCUUCAUCAGACUCGGAAAGUGAACGUGAAAGAGAAGAAAGGAGAAGAAGAAGGCAACAGAUCCUGGCUGAAAAAGCGGCUGCAAAAGCAAUGGAAGCUAUAAAAGAACGUGAGAACAAGGUUGCUAAAUUGGAAGGGGAGAAACAGAGCUUAGAAAAAAUACUUGAAGAGCGGGCCAAACAACAAGUUCAAGAGGCUUCUGAGUUACAGACGAACAUGAUGGAAACAAUGGAAGCUGUUGAGUUGGAGAAACGGAAACAUAAUAGUACUAGAAUGGAAACUCUUAAACGAUUAGCAAAGCUUGAGACUGUAAAUGCUGAACUUGCAAGGUCUCUCGCUGCUGUUCAACGGAAUCUUGAAGUAGAGGUUAGUCAGGUUGCUGAACUACGCCAACAAAUUGAGUUAAAAGAAGCGGCUUAUGAAGAAUUGAGAAGGAAGAUAUCUAGGACACGGGGAAGUGGUGUUAACUUAGUGGCUUCAAAAGGCAUUGAAGUGGAGAGGGAGAUGCUUGAAGCAGAACACUGUUUCUUAACAGAUAAAGUGGGAUUGUUGCAGGAAAAGGUAACCAACUUUUGGCACAAUCAAAAUUUACUUCUCUGCGGGACCUUUUUGAGCUAAUAUAGCCAUAUAGGAGCCGAAUAGUACAAUAUCUUUGGAAACACUAGAUCUGAGUGGAUUGUGUAUGCCAUCUUUAUUUCAUGCACUUCUGUUAGCACAUUUAAUUGUUAGAACAAGAACAACAGUACUAUUUGGGUUUUGGCCCA